GCUGAAUAUCGAUAUCGUGCAGUUCGCGUUCGUUCCGCCCGAACAUGUAAUUGUACAUUCCCAUGAGGACCGCAUGAUAGAUUUUUACAGCAAGCAAUUCGAGUUCCACCUUUACUUUGUAACAGGAAAUAAAUCAGCAUCGUCUUAUUUGUAUUUCCUCUUUCAAAUCAACCUCUCACCUACAAGUAAGUUUGUGGUCCCCACCACAAGAACUCAUUUCUCUUAAGUUCAAAAACAAAACACACCUCAAGUUCACCCCCAACUGUACUGCACAAGACUUUACGAAUAGACGAGCAACGUUCAACAUUUCUAGCCCGUCGUUCUACUCUCAGCCAUAAAUAAAUUUUUGUACUUUAUUUCUACCAAAAUUUUGUUUCGACGAAGUGCUCUUCUAGUACUUCGCUUUCAUCCUCUACUUUAAGUGCGUGGUCAUCUCUUCGACUCUUUUUCGAAACAAAUAACAAAAUGCCCCCGCGCGUGCUUGAUUUUGCCGCCGACGUGCGGAAAUCCACCUCCUCCUCCGGCAAGAAAAAGCGGAUGACGAUGUACGGAUCUUCGGCCACUGGCCCGGUCGUCACGCUAUUCUGCACCCAACACGGCGCAAAUUAUAUCUAAUUGCAAAAGUUUAGGACUGCUAGAAUUUUUUGCUGUAGUACUUCUUCGAAAUAAAUGCGUGGGUAGUACAACUAGAUGAACAAGAAGCUAUCGCAAAGCCAAAGAAUUAUGGAUUUGGGUGCUGUGGAAGAUGGUUUUCGUCAUGUCUAGUCGAAUUGUGUUGGUUUUAGAUUUACUUCCUGACGAUGAAGAUGCUGAGAUGAUUCUGUCAUGCAAAAUCAGCAAUUGCAAAUAAGAUUAGGACUACAACAGAUGCAGAUCCCAAGAAGCAGUGCUACUGUUUAAAAAGCGACAGCGAAAUUAUAACUUUUGCAGAGGAUAAAGACUCCGUUCGGCGCGCAGGCCCUCGACCCCGGUUUGUUUGGGCCGAACUUCCGCGCUGACGCGCGCGAGGGCAUUGUGUAUGUGCCGCCGGUCGUGGAGACGAAGAAAGACGAAAAUCCGGCCGGUCCUCACGCAGCAGCUGCCGCUUCGACCAGCACGACAAAGAUUGCGGCGCAUGAGGAGGGAGGUGUUGAUGAUCAGCAACAGGACAAUGUUCUUCAAGAAGCGGAAUUCGCCUGGACCGACAUUACGAGAGUUGUGCACAACUCCCACCUUUGUUCCCCUCAUUUGUCAUGCAAAAACGCAAUGUCAGCUGCAGCUCUGGCCUUGUGAUGGCCCUGCUUUCACAUAAUAAAUGCAGGCUCGUCUUGUUCCAGCAGCCCAAACAGAAGCUGCAGGGUUGCGCAAUUAAUUUCGUCUGUGCAGAAACUGCAUCUUUGUUGGGCCUGAGGGCUGAGAUGACUUCUGUUGCGGUUACAACUUUUGCCCUCUUGAAUCAAGGGAAAAACGAAGGGGGAGUUGUACACUCUCAUAAUGUAACCAGCAGUUGAAGACAGUGGGCCAGAAGGGCAAUCCUUGGAAGAUGGCGCGUCCUCGUCCAGUACUUUGCAAGAACUCAUUGGCAAGGACGCGGAACUUGUUCGAGGGGCCGCCGCGGAAGGGGUACUGCUUCUAGUCGUUCUUGCUUUUCAAAAAAUGCAGCUCCGGUAGAAAGAUAGCUAUGUCGAUAGAAAAACGGCUGAUUAAGCAGGCUUGAUGUAGUUCUACUCGAGUUCUUUGUUGCAGUUGCUGCACGUUACGCACCAACACGAAGUAUUAUGCUCCUGACAAUGUUGAAGCUUUUGGUAAGUCCUCCUCCUCGGGCACUCUCCCAUGUCGAAUUGCAUAUGAUAUAGCUUGCUUUUGCUCUUCUACUGAUGUAGGUUUGGCUUGUUAGAAAACAACUGGACGAACCGAUUUCUUGACGAUGAUGUCAACUAUUGAAUAAAACAAAAACUAAAAAACACAGGAGAGCCCAACGGCCUCAAGAACGCACCCUUCCUCGGCGCAAGAAGCGGCGACCGGGGAGAUUUUUGCGAUUGCCGAGGACGGUUUGGACAAGCGGGACACUGUUUACAUAUGGAGAAAAAAAAAUCUAGUUCCUCCCUGCCACCGGCGCUCAGCCUUUGUCUUCCCGAGCGUGCGAGAGGAAAGUGUGAUGAUGGAUGUGCUGUAACCUGUAGCAAGAGAGGUCUUGCUCCUGUGCACUACGUACUGGACCAUCGACCAGAUGACCAUCGCAGGGUCAGUUCUUUACGAAGAUGCACUGGUUCGUUGUAUGAUCAAGUAUUUUUUUGUUGCAGUACCAGUACCACGAGUACCGCCUUUCAUGAAGAUAGAAGAUGCAAGCUUCCUGUGGACGAGGAUGGCAGCAGCUGUAGGCAGCGAGGGCAUGUUUGUGUUGCAUAUCUCGAGCAGGAGCCCGGGCACGACGCUGCGCCCCCACUGGUCGUGGGAGAUGAUGUCGGCGAAGACCGGAUCCUCGCCCCCGGAAGUUUGCUGGAGCAGGAAGAGCCAGCAGUAUUAAUUUGCUUUCUUGCACGUAAAUAUAUAUGAAAGGUAUAUUUGCAAUGAUAUUAGUCUACUAGAAGACCAUAUUGAUUUGUACAUGAUGUGAAAAUAAAGAUCUUCAGUUCACUCAAGCAGCACCAGGGCCACAUGAGGCAGCUGCAGAUCCACAAAAAGUGAUUAAAUUCAAAUUUCCACACCAGUACUGGCACAACGGGCGAGAGCAAGUGUGGGAAGGAAAAAACUGUCGGUACGGAGAUCCAGAGGGAGAUCUGUGGAAGUGGGACAAAAAACAGGCUGUUUCCAAACAGCUAUGGUGCGACCCCAAGAAGCGUACGCAGCGCAAACGCAAUAUUAGAUUUAUCGCGCAUGAUGCUAACACGACACAAAAUGCAUAAUUUUAAUAUAAUUAAGAGUUCAUUUCGGAUGAGCCACGAUCUCCACCACUAGGACCAGGGCCAAGGGGAGAUGAUACUAUCAAUCGUUUCAUCUAGCCGGUCUUGUUGUUUUGUUGUACUUAGUUGCAGAUGAACAUCAAGGUACUGCUCUUGGUAGUCAACAACUAGGACGACGUCUUCUUCCAAUACGUGCUGUAAAUUGUUGUAUCUUCACGGGCACCAGUGCGAUAAAAGAUUUCCUGGGGAUAAGAGAGGAGUAUGUCUUGUUCAAUAUGGAGAAGAGCGGCGAGUAUACAGCGUGGGAGUUCACGGACCGGGGUUGGCAGAUGACAAGAGAACGGUUUGGAAGCGCGCGUGACUGCCUCGAGGAUAAACUUUGGGACCAGGAUCCAAAGAAACCUCUUUCACUGGACGAGUGCCACUUUUCAACCGGAGUGCCGACAUGGCAGCCGAAACCACCGGAGAAGAAGGCGGACGAUUUCUGGAAAGCGUUUCACGAGGCAGAAAAGGAAGAAGCUGAAAGGAGAGACGCCGAGAGGGAAGCUGAAGCGGAGAAAUGGAGACAACAAGCCAAGAGAGCAGAAGCACUCUUCGCGGCAAGAGCCGAAUCCGAAAGAAACGGCGCCGCGGGUCCGGAGAAAGCUUCUUCAAGUGAUUCAUCAGGAGGUGGAGCACAGCCGGACCUGGACAAGGAAGCUCGAGCGAAAUUCUGGAAAGAACAGGACGAGAAAGCAAAAGCAUUCUUAGCGACCGCAAAGGAAGACGCGGAAGCGGCGCGGGAAAAAGCGGAAGCGGCGAAGAAAGAAGCGGAGGAGAAAAAGGCGAAAGCGAAGGAAGCACAACGGAAGCGAAGCGCGGAAGAAGAAAAGCGCAGGCAGAAGGAGCAGAAGGAGGCGGAGGACCGGGCGUGGGCAGAGGAACAAAAACGGGAACAGGAGCGGCGCGAUACGGAGGAAGCGGAGCAAAAGGCGAAAGCCGCAGCAAAAAAGGCGGAAGAAGCAAAGGAGGCGCGGAGGCGUUCCGAGAAUCAGUACCAUGAUUUUCGUCAACAGCAGGAGCGCCAGCGCGACUUACCGAAGGUGACCUUGUUCGCCGUUUCGCGCUCGCAAUUGGACUUAGGCGUGGUGGUGAAGGAGGUGCAAGCUUUGCAUUGAUGCCACGCCUGGAGCGGCGCUCGGCAUUCUGGUUUCGCAUUCGUAAAAACCGUGAUGCCGGCGCAACAAGAUACACAUUAGUGAUAAUUUGCAUCCUGCUGCCCGCAUGCGGUUCGCCACCAGCUUUAUUCAUCUCACAGAGCAGAGUGUAGGCCAAGAAAAAAAUGUAGACGCCGCACCACACGCCAAGCCUUGCGCUGUGCGUUGCGCAUCGUUUUUCGUUUUCAAAAGGGAACAAGGAUCCUACUCAGGCGUGGAAAAAUUCUCCUGAUGCGUGGAAAAACCCGAUGAAUCGCCUAAACAACAUUCCGGUCAUGACAGAUAAACACGGCAAAACACACGAACUGCGACUGCCCUUCAAAAACGAAGUCGCAGAUGACUUGGGCCGCGUUCCCAAGGAAGACCAAAACGAUGCGCGAAAGGUCCUUUUCGCCCUGCAGAAGUUUGUGAAGGUAAAUCCACAGGUGUUCAGGGGCCCUUCGCCUCAAAGAUAUGACAACUUGGCUAAGCUUGAGCUGCCCGAUAAAAGCGGCGAGGGAGCGCAAGUUGCGAAAAAGAGUGUGCUUCAGUUCUUUUAUCACCCGGACUCGAGGAGCAAGUUGUCGCAGCCAGCACAAGUGCCAAUACCUGAAGGUCAGAUGGACGAAUGGUUCAAGCUCAUCGACUAUGCAUUCGCAUUGCUAAUAUGUCUGGGUGUGGAAGUUCGAGCGUGUAAUGCUGGAGGUCUUACUACAUUUGUUCUGUUUCUGUGAAAUGGAAAUCUUUAUUGCAUGAGCAAAAAUAGUGGUCGCAAACGCAAACGCAGUCUCUUUUGUCACACAAAAAUGCGGCAUCUCAUGCGAGCUGCGUAUGGGAACGAGGCGCUCUGCAAACUUAUCAUGCUGGGUACUAGCGCUCGGAAGUGGUUCAAUCAUUCAGAGCUCAGCAUCACAGCCACAAGCCUUUUUAUGCCAGCCCCAGACAUGUUCUUUGCAUUGGAUAUCGACCAGGCGCAUGAACUGGUCAAUGCGCCGACCGCUCCACCUCCAAAGGCAAAGCCUGCCAAGUACGGACAAGACUGGUAGGGAGGCGGAUUCAACCGCGGCGCGGGCGGGAGAGCCGGACGCAAUCCCCGGCGCGGGCGGGAAAGCUGACCCUUUUUGGUGUCGUUGGGCCGCAGUUGUCAUUUGGGUUCUUUCCCACAAAGAAAUCAUGUGUCUUCUCCUCUUCGACAUUGAGUUUUUUGGAAGCAGCAGCUGUUCUUUCGAGUUUGCUCGUGCGUGAGAUUGGAUAGCAAAAUUUUUACGAUGCAACCAGCCAGCCAGUAUGGUGUUAAGAAAUUGUAUUUGAAUCUACGGCGAUAACGAAUGUAGUGUUACUUGCAAAAUUUUUUAUACAAGAGAACCAUAAGCACGCUUCUUCUUCGUCUUCUCGCUUUCACACUUUUUUUGUAUUGCAGCAAUAAAGAAAAGAAGUACAAUAACAUCCCACAACAAGGAGAGUAAGUAGCAGCAAAACGCAAAAAGUAAAAAAAAAGAAAAAGUUAAUCUCAGGAAAAAAAAAAAUUCCCCUCGUUGCAGCACAACUUUUGCAUUUUUGUUCUAUUCACUUUUGAUUUUUAUUUUACAGUUUCAGGAACCCUUCGCUUUUUGCCAGACUUCAACUUUUAGACUCUUUGACUUUUUUUUCGCAGCAGCAACAAAACCAACCUUUGUUUACGACAGCAACACUCCAAGUAGACUUGUAACUCUCAACGCCAAGUUUUUAACUUUUCAACUUUAAUUUUACAGCAGGGCUUUCGCUUUCUCUAGAUUUCUUUUGUUAGUUCCAAGCCGAACAUGCUCUUUCCACAUGAUACUUUUUUCUUGAAAUAGCUGUAGAACCUUUGCACUUUCAACAAACUUCUACGACAGGGCAAGUAGAACUCUCAAACCGUACGAGAAAUUUCACAACUCUUUUCGUAAUCUUUGCACAAACUAGACAUCAGAAACACUUCAAGCAGAUUUUGUAACAUUUCAGUAGAGUCUUCUCCUUCAUCGACGCCAACUUUUUAUCUUUUUAUCUUUUCAGCUUUCUUUUUCGUUUUUUUCUCAACAGGCCUCAAGCGGCUCUGGCACACUGGCUUUUUCUUCAAGUAGCGCUAGAACCACACGAGAGAAGAAGAAAACUUCACCCGGAUUCCGUGCAUCCAAAAGCAACAAACAAACAGAGAAGAAGGCAAAACCUUCAACUGGAUACCACGGGCCCAACGAUACAAACAAACAAACAAACAAACAAACAAACAAACAAACAAAAGAGGCGCAACUUUCUCGAGCUUUUGAUUUACACUUCAGUAUAUAUCUGCGUAUCUAUGAUUUUAUUCAGGAUCUCUAUUUUUAUUUCAUUUUCUUUUGGCUUAAUAAGCAUAAGUUGCAUGAUGCUACCUGUUGUUUUAUUUUUCGAUGAGUACUCUGCGCAGCUCUCAGGCUUAAUCGCGAUAUGCUUAUGCACCACACCACGAGCAUCCCACAUUUGCAUCGAAGUAUAAUUCCUGUCCAUGCACAUCAAGAUUUGGAGUUGUGAGUAGUUCCAAAGAUGUAUCCCACCAAAAAAAUCGAUCAUACUCAUACAGGGCCGCAAAAAGCCCAAAAAUCGCUAUUUUUUCAAUUUUUUAUUUUCAAAAAUUUUUCGCGGUGUCCGGCAGACCCGGGCAGCCGCUUCUGUUUUGGUGCUCUUAUGACGUAAAUAUUGCGCGGCCUAUCUUCUUUGGCUGCUUGGAGUAGUUUCGCUACUCCAGCAACUAAGAGGCGGCAGCAGGCCGAGUAGCUAUGAGGAGGCGGAUGCUACUCCAAUAGGGCCGUCAGACAAACCACAAAGAAGAUGGCGCAACUACUGGAGACCAAUACCAUUGCGCGGCCCUGUCCCAUUGAUUUCGUUGGCGUUAUGGCCAUGGGCCUGCAUUUCUGGGCACAUGCCGAGGAGCCCGAUACCCCGCCUUGGCCUUACUUACCACCAGCUCCUCGUCGGGAUUUUAACUGCUUUGCCCCCCCCCAGACCGGCAACGCCGUCCAAUCUGGAGAGACUGCUCGCGCACUUUCUGGCCCCAGAUGAGCUAAGGCAAAGUGGGCACAUGAUUGGCCUCGAAAAGACGGCCAUUGCAUGCGGAUCAAAAAAAUCGAUCAUAUCACUUUCGGGCGCCGGAGACCUCUUCCGGGCCGCCCCAUCAGCGGAGUCGAUUUGCUGAACUUCCACAGCUGAAUUUGGCAAGAUUUUCGCACUUUUUCGAAGUUCGAAAAAAUGCCGAUUUUCGAUAUGAUCGAUCGGCCUCAAAAAAUGGCCGUUAGCUCGGUCCCAAAAAAAUAGAUCAUACAUUUUUGCGAGUAUGAUUAAUGCCAUUUUUUCACUUUUUUCAAAUUUUCUAAAAGAAAAUGGCAGCUUUUGGCAUAUGAUCAAUUUUUUUGGGCCGCUGCUAUGGUGAAAAAUUUGCAAAUUUACAGUUUUUGAAAAAACGCCAAUCGCGGUGCUACGGCGCAGGUCAGCAAAUAUGAUCGAUUCCGGACUCAGCUCGUGCUAAAAAAAAUUGAUCAUACCGCAAAAGCUGUCAGCUUUUGCCGAUUUUGCCACGUUUUGUUGGCCGUUUUUCCACGUUCUCCGCACUGAAAAUUGCUGUUUGAGAUGGCCUUUUUUGGUCCCGUCCCUGGUCGAUCGCUCUGGCGGCGAUCCUGUGGAGGCGUGCCAGAGGAUGCCACCGGAGGUCUGCCCAAGAACCCCAGAACGCCUCAAAAUAGAAGGCCCAGCCCUUAGGCUUUUGCGCGGCCCCCAGCACAACCCAUGCAUGUUUGUCGCAGCACCGUCUCAGCGGGGCUAGAGCUGGCAUCCUGAAGGCCAUUCCUUUCCUCCUGGGCCGAGCAUGUGCCAGGCUGCGUGGAUCCUUUGCCUCCAUCCAUGUGACAGGCUUGGGAGCGGGAGUUAUGAGAGACAAGCGCCCGACGGCGGGGCCGGUAGGUGAGGAGGGGCUUGGACCGGUAAGAGGGGGCCGGCAAGAGGCCGAAGAGCAGAGCCAGGACAAUUGUCGCGGGCGACAUAUCCGCGCCAGUCGCCUCCUCGUAGCUAGUUGAACUACUACAGGCAGCCAGUCCAGAGCUCAGCAACGUUGCCGCCCAAGCAGAAUGCUCCAGGCCUUACCUCCAAGCCAUGCAAAUUUUCCGCCGAAAAAGAAAAAUCGCUGCCGAAAUACAGGAUUUUUGUUAAAAAAGCGCAGGCUUUUUUCAAAAAAGUAGCAUUUUUUGUGUCUUGAAUUCGGCCAAAUAUGAGUAUGAUCGAUUUUUUUAGUGCGAUAAGAUGUUGUUUCACAACUAACUUUCGCCUCCUGAAUACAAUACGAAUAC